AUGCGGAGAUCUAUUUCUGCCACCGCGAUCGCGUCAACAGCGACCAAAGGGUGGUUUCGAUCCUUUUCUGAUUACCGAGAAAAGCUGAAAAAUGGACUUCACUCUAUCACAUUCCACGACGCGCUUGUUUUAUUCUCCAACAUGGUUCACUCUCACCCCUUACCUUCCAUUAUCGAUUUCACUAGAUUACUCUCUUCACUCGCCAAGAUUAAAAGACACGACACCGUCCUCAAACUCUGCCACAGAUUAGAAUCGUUUGGAGUUUCACACGAUCUCUACAGCUUCACUCUUUUCGUUGACUCUUCCUCUCGUUGCUCUCACUUCUCUCUUUCUCUCUCCCCCAUAGCAAAGAUGACGAAACUCGGGUUUAAACUGACAAUUGUCACACUUGGCUCCCUCCUCAACGGGUUCUGUCGGAGUAACAGAAUCAACGAAGCGUUUUCUCUGUUUUAUGCAAUGAGCAAAUCCGGAUACGAACCUAAUCUUGUAAUUUACAACACUCUUAUUGAUUAUAACUGCAAGAACGGAGAUUUGGAAACUGCUUUAAAGGCUUUCAACCAAAUGCAAGAAGAUGAAGAAGUGGAACCAGAUGUAGUUACCUACAACACUUUAAUAACCGCUCUUUGUAACUUUGGUAGAUUUACGGAAGCUCUUGGACUACUCAGAGAGAUGGAGAAGAGGAGAAUCAAAUUUGAUGUUGUCACUUACACUUCGUUGAUCGACGCGUUUGGGAAAGAAGGGAAACUUUUAGAGGCUUAUGAAUUGUAUAAUGCGAUGAUCAGAAGCUCCUCUGUUGAUCCUAAUGUUGUCACUUACAACUCGCUCAUCAACGGGCUUUGCAUUCACGGUUACAUACCUAAAGCGAGAGUAACAUUUGAAUCGAUGGUAGGCGAGGGAUGUUGUCCAAGCGUGGUGACGUAUAAUACUCUCAUAAAUGGGUUUUGUAAGUCUGGGAGGGUGGAUGACGGGAUCAGACUCUUUCACAGGAUGCGUUGUGAAGGGUUGGAUGGGGACACGAUCACUUACAACACUCUUAUCCAUGGUUUAUGUCAGGCGGGUAAUCUUAGAGCUGCUCAAGAGAUUUUAGGGUGGAUGGUUUCUUGUGGUGUGGUUCCUGAUAUUGUGACUCGCUGCAUUGUGUUACAUGGUCUUUGUGUUAACGGGAAGGUAGAAAACGCAGUGGUGAAGUUCGAGGGAAUAAGAAGAAGUGGAGGGUAUGUUGGGCUUGUUGCGUAUAACAUAAUGAUUCACGGGUUGUGCAAGACGGGUAAAAUGGAAGAAGCGUUGGACUUGUUUCGUGGACUACCUGGGGAAGGAGUGAAGCCUGAUGGUAGAACAUACACGACAAUGAUUCACGGGUUUUGCAAGACGGGUAAAGUGGAAAAAGCGUGGGGCUUGUUUCGUGAACUCCAAUGGGAAGGAGUGAAGCCUGAUGGUAGAACAUAUAGGACAAUGAUAUUAGGAUUGUGUAAGAAUGGGCUAAGGCGUGAAGCACAUGUGCUAUUUAGAAGAAUGAAGAGGAUGGGCUUAUAUGCCAAUUGA